AUGUUAUCACGUUCAAUUAAAACAAGUUCAAUCUUUCAAAUAGGAAGAACCACCAUGUCCAAGAGAUAUUCCUCCAUUAUUUCUGUUCAUAGAGAUACUCCAGAAGAUAAUCAAAAUAUACCAUUUGAAUUCAAUUCUGAAAACUUGAAAAGAGCUCAAGAAAUCAUUGCCAAAUAUCCACCACAAUAUAAGAAGGGAGCAUGUAUGCCACUUUUGGAUUUAGGACAACGUCAAUUAGGAUUCACUUCUAUUAGUGUCAUGAAUUAUGUUGCUAAGAUGUUGGAUAUGCCACCUAUGAGAGUAUAUGAAGUUGCUACUUUUUAUACCAUGUAUAAUAGAAAACCAAUGGGAAAAUAUAAUUUACAAGUCUGUACUACUACCCCAUGUCAAUUAUGUGGUAGUGAUGGUAUUAUGAAGGCUGUACAAGAUCAUUUAGGUAUCAAACCAGGACAAACCACUCCAGAUAAAUUGUUUACAUUACAAGAAGUUGAAUGUUUAGGUGCAUGUGUUAAUGCCCCAAUGCUUGCUGUUAAUGAUGAUUACCAUGAAGAUUUGACUCCUGAAGCUACUGUUGAUAUUUUGAAACAAUUACAAGCUGGUAAGGAAUUGACUAAGAUUGGACCUGUUUCUGGUAGAGAAUCCUGUGAACCACAUAGUGGAAGAAAGGUGUUGUUAAAUGCUGAACCAAAUGACAUUAGAAACUUUACUAGAGCUGACUUGUAG